AUGCUAAUACGAGAAUCCAAAUGGCAAUAUGAGCUUCGUUUGGCCCAAUGCGUCCAAAUCAAACCGAAGAAAUACUAUACCUACGUUCAGUCCAAGGAAGCAUUAAGAGAUUGUAUAGGACCAUUAAUUACAGGUGCUCCCGCGGUCAUUAUGGAUGACCAGGGUAAGGCAGAUGCACUGGCUGGACAUUUUAGCAGUGUACAUCGAACAGAUGACGGUCUGCCAAGAAUCCUGGAGCGAGGAUCCUCACCGUCAGAAAUUGAGAAGAUUCAGCUAUCGGAAGAGAUAGUGCACCAGCAUUUGGAGGGUCUAGAAGUCCAUGAGGCGGCUGGACCGGAUGAGAUUCAUCCAGCUAACAACAAGGCCAUAACAGACAUCCUCGCAGGGCUGGUGUAUAAGCUAUACAAAGUUUUACUAUACCAGGGAGUUCUACUGAGGGACUGGAAGGUAUCAGCAGUGGUGGCAGUACGUAAGGGGGGAGCCUGA